CUCUCAGGCUUAUACCCGAUCGGUUGUGUAACCUAGGGAUCUCAUCAAAGUUAUGGAAGGCUCCCGUAGUUGGGCUAAUACAUAAGUGUAAAAGAGUCAAUAAGUAAAGGAAAUCAUUAAGAAGAUAAAAAUGAAAUAAAUGCAAUGGACCUAGCUUCUGAUGGAAGCAUAUUAGCUACUGGAGGAAAGGACCUCAGCAUCAGGCUAUAUGACACAAAUACUACAGAAAUGAAAACUAAAUAUUUUGGAGCACUUGAGCAGUCAUUUGACCAAAGUAUUCGAAAUCAUGCUUAUAGAAUAUUUAGUUUGUGCUUUCAUCCUCAGCAAAAAUAUAUACUAGCUAGUGGAGGAUGGGAUGAAAGUGUAAAAGUUUGGGACUUAAGAACUGAAAAAGGCCUAGUAAGAAACAUUUAUGGUCCGCAUAUUUGUGGUGAUGCAUUAGACAUAGAAGGUGAGACCAAUCUAUUAACAGGUUCGUGGGUAGCAGAAAAUGCUCUUCAACUCUGGGAUCUAGGGUCAGGAAAACUGAUCAGCAAUGUACCGUACAGAAGUGACAGGACUAAAGGAGAAUAUCUUUACUGUGCUAAGUUUACUGAAGGAUCCCUUGCUAUUGCAGGAGGAAGUGGUUCGUGCAGUGGACAAAUCAUAUCUCUAAAGAACAUGGAGGUUCUGGGUGAGGUGAAACUAUCUAAGGCAGUGCAUGCUUUAGAUGUGAAGCACAAAAAAGUUAUUAUGGGAAGUAUGGAACCCCGUUUGAAAUUACUCACUUUACAGCAACUACCUGAAGACUGACACUCUUUCCCAAUUUCAUGUUUUGAUAUUAUAUUCAAUUUAUAUGAUGCUGCUGCUAUUUCAGUAAAAUAAAUAUUUAUUUUACGAGAUCAAUUUAAUAGUAAUGAAAAUCAUUUGCACGCAGUGAGAAUUUGAACAGUAAAAGUAUUUUAACAAUGUCUAACCUUCUUGUGUUUUGUUUUCAUAAAUCAGAAGUUUUUAUUGUAGGUUGCAGAAUACGAAUAAAAUUGUAAUCUGACAAAGAUCUUA